AUGCUGAGAUCAGUUUUGUUGCAGGUUUUUGCGUGUGCGGUGGCAUUGUGUGCAGCCAUUGAGGGAUCCCUCGAGCUCCCCAGUGGACUGGUAUUGGAUCCUGCAAGAAGUAACCUCAGGCUUGUCGGGCUGAAGGACGGUUUGUUGGAAGAUGGACCAUCCGAAAGAUUUUACCAUUUCCGUGCUGAUGGAACAUUUGAAAUCCCGAACGUUGAGACAGGCAAGUAUUUCUUGAGCAUAGGAUCGCUGGAUUUCGCGCUUGCGAAAUUCUCCAAGCUGCUGGUGGAAGUUGAUGCUGAACAAACAGUCCAGAUCCAUGACCUUGAACCCGGUCUGAUCAUUGAUGCGCUCGCACCAGCUGUGGACCAUCCACUCAGAAUACCUGCCAGAUUGGUCAGAAUACGAAACUACAUAGAGGUGAAGAACAAAGGCAUCAGUGACACAGUUCCAGUGAAAUUCAUGAAGAACCACAAGGGCGCCACUGUCGGACUUGUGGUUGCGUUAUUGCUGGGAGUUGUCCCUCAGCUUCUUCUUUAUUACAGACCCGACUUGUUUGCCGAUGACGAGACGUCUGAGGCGGAAACUCCGCGACCCGAGCCAAUUCAGGCCCCCACCCAGCCUCCCAUCGAGGUGAUCAAGCAGACUACUGCAAGGGCCAGUGCUGCCGGCAGACGGAGGAAGUGA